CCGGUCCACCACUCCGCUCUAGACCAGAGGGCAGUUCAGUGGCCUUGUUACCCCUCCAGCUCCAUCAACCCCAUCGUUCCCCCGACCGUUCACUGCUAUCUCUGGAAGCUUCCGGACCACCGCAUUCAGGCCUAUUGGGGCUUUUUGGAUGUCCAUGCACGGCUUGGGCAUUACCGUUAACAGAGGGAGAGAAUUCCCACUAGGAGGACCCAGGCAGUAUAAAAGCCAACAGGGGGUCUGCCACUAUCCAGUCCGCCACUGGAAGACCAGCCGCACACUGCCCCCGAGACACACACACUCACCCGGCAGGGAUUCCUCGGAGAGCCAGGAUAAAAAAGACGGGAAAACGGGACAGACGGACAAGGACAGACGUUCACCAUGGCCACUCUGAUCAUCGUCAACGACUCCUUCGGGAACGUGUCGAUCUACGACGAGGUGACGCACGACGACGCGUCGUGUCACCACGUGCCCCCGCCGGAGCACCAGAACAAACUCAUCCCGGCCAUCUAUGCGCUCAUCUUCAUCUUCGGCACCGUCGGCAACGGUCUGGUGCUCCUGGUCCUGUGCCGCAGCCCGGGCCGCCGGACGGUGGCCAACACGUACAUGUUUAACCUCGCGCUGUCCGACCUGCUCUUCCUGCUCAGCCUGCCUUUCUGGGCCGUCUACUACGCGCUGGACUACCACUGGCCCUUCGGGAGCCUCAUGUGCAAGGCGUGCAGCGCCGCGCUCACGCUCAACAUCUACGCCAGCAUCUUCUUCAUCACCUGCAUGAGCAUCGACCGCUACCUGGCCAUCGUGUUGCCGCUACGCUCGCAGAGCCGCCGCCACCUCUGCCAGGCGCGAGUGGUCAGCGCCGCGGUGUGGCUGCUGGCGGGCUGCGCCGCCGUGCCCGCGUUGGCGCUCCGCGACACCUGGGAGAUCGAGCAGCAGGGCGUCACCGCCUGCGUGCUGCUGUACCCGAGCGACGACUGGGUGGUCGGGCUGGCGCUCGCCAAAAGCAUUGUGGGUUUCCUGGUGCCGCUGGUCGUCAUCGUCACCUGCUACGUCGGGAUAGGGCGCCACCUGCUGGGGGCGACGGGGGCGGGCGCCGGGCGCGGCCUGGACAAGAACUCCGGUAACGUGGACCACGUGCUGAAGAUGGUGGUGGCGGUGGUGCUGGCCUUCUUCCUGUGCUGGUUCCCCUUCCACACGGUCACGCUGCUGGACGUCAUGCACCACCUGGGGGCGCUGCAGGGCUGCUGGGUGCGGCGCGCCGUCGAGACGCUGCUGCCCUUCACCAGCUGCCUGGGCUUCUCCAACAGCGCCGUCAACCCCUUCCUCUACUGCUUCGUGGGGAACCACUUCCGCGAGCAGCUGGGCAGACGCUGGGGGGGGCAGGGCCCUGGAGGAGGUGGGGCCAGCGGGGGCGGGGCCUCGCAGCAGAAGAGGGGCUCCUUCAGCACGCGCCUCAGCUCCCUCUCGCGCAAACUCAGCGACCUCAAGGACCUGGGCUUCCCAGAGGCCGAACCGGUCUGACAUUCCAUAAUAAGAACAGGCAGUGUGUGUGUGUGUGUGUGUGUGUAUGUGUGUGUGUGUGUGUGUGUGUGUGUGUGUGUGUGUUUGGGUGUGAAAGCAUUGAUGGUGAUAUGUGGUGGGAUGGGGGGCAGGGGGUGAGUAGAGGUGCUCUUGCUGCGGAUGGGACGUUGGUCUGACAUCCCAUAAUUGAACACGAGGGAAGUGAUGUGUGUGUGUGUGUGUGUGUGUGUGUUUGAGUGUGCUGGGGGGUCACGGAUCACGGAAGACGAGUGGAAAACCAAGGACAAGUCGUCCUUAGAGAUGGCCAGAGGUGUGACAUCCCAUAAUUAAGCUACGGGGCCUGACGCGGAGCAGAGCGAAUGCGGGCGCGGUCCCCUCCGCAGCCAUCGAUCCUGCGCCAGCUAACCUCUAUUUUAUCACCUAGGCCUUAUGGGGAUUAAUGUCCUGAAAACGCGCUGUUCUCUUAAGAUUGAUUGCAGACAGUCCGGCGCGAGAGGACCCGGCACUAAGCCAGACUACUCUGGCGUAACCUCAGAAUAACACCCCGGAGUUUGACCUCGUUUAGAAGGGAUUUGUACGGACAGGCGUCAAGCCCAUGGAUAGACUCGUAAACCCUGGGGGUUUAAAACUAGUUGGACUCAUUAACCGGAUAUGUUAAUAAGCUUUAUUCUACCACUCAGCACUGGCUGAGGCUUUUUUACAAGCAGUUGUAGCUCAAACUGGUCUUUCUUGUGAGCACCGGCACGUUAUACUUGGCACUGGUUGGUGCCACUAAGGGGCGCUCCAGAAUCUGUUCCGUGACCGGCCAGUGCUCACAUGAAUGGCCAGUUUGAGCUACAACGCCCUCUCAGUUUUUCUUUAGUUGACACUGAUGGUAAGCAUGACAAUCACUGAGUUCUGAGUAAUAAAACAAGCAGACUCUCCACAA